GAAUAUUUCAGGUUGUGGAGAAGUUUAAAGUACCAAUAACAUUUAAGACAAAGAACACAUAUUAAAAUAUCUCUUUUCUAUAAACUGUGAUACACUUGCCAGUAAUCCCAAGUAGUAGGAUUACCAAUUCAGUAUCAGUUCCAAGAUCGAAAGUAAAGCAAAGUACAGUAACAAUGAAACCAUUUUAUGGUUUAAAACCAAAGGAAGAGAACAAAUGAAAAAUUCAAGGGGUUACUUUUGAUAAAGUCAAGAAGGGAAGUUGAAGAGUGGUGUGAAUAACUUGCAUUUACAAUUUUGGUGUAGAACCUCACUUAUGUUUUAGAAAUGUUUUUGGCGGUGCAUGUAUGUGUGUGAAAUGCUAAAAAGAACUAUAAUUUGUAUUAUGUUUUAUUUGUAGACCUACAAGAUGGAAUUUGAGUGUAGAAUGUCUCAAGAAUUGAUUGUAAGCUCAAGGAGUCAGUAGGGACGUGUUAACACACAAAUACUUCACUGAUCACAAGAGUGCUACUAUGGAAAGAAGGGAACUAUUGCUAAUUUCAUUCUUCAUGGUGAUCAACUGACAGUUAUUAUUGAACUUAAAUGUCAGGAGGAGGAGUGGGGCAGGGAGCGGUUUACUCUCCACUUCCGCAGUCAACUAGUGAUACAGAUUCUACAGAAGAGGAGCUCAAUAACAUCAUUCAUCACAAUGAGAACAGGAAAUUUGUUGUAAUCAAUAAAGACUCAAUAGAUAAAUAUAACAGUAAGAAGAUGGGUGAAUAUCGACCACUGGGGCAUGAUGGUGAGGGUGACGUCUCCACAAAUGGUAUGCUGAAUCAUGAGUCGACUGUUGGUGAUGAUAUUUCAGUCAUUAAGCCUGAUGGAUCAUUACCACACCACAUGGAGCCAAUGUCCCCAUUACGUAAAGUUAGCUUCAUUCUUUCAAUUCUUCUCUGUGGUCUGACUAUUGUUGUGUUCCUGUGGGUUCUGCCUUGUGACUGUGCAACCUGUCCAUCAGUGCCUCUCAAGUCAGGAACCAAAUCAUGGGAGAGAACUUUGAGAGGUUUAGAACUUAAGGGAGGAAUUAGUGUUGUGGCUGGAGUCCCAGGUCGAGGCCGCAACUUAGUGUUCCUUGCACAAGGUGAUAUUAUCAAUGCAGCUCAAACAGAUCAGAACUUGAGGGACUUUCCUGCAAGUAGAGGAGGACUUGUAUCAUUGAUUGGAUCUACAGGCGAGGUUGCAUGGUACAUUCGCUUUCUCAGAACUCUUCAUACCAUGGAUUGCUCACUUAUUGAUGUCACAGGAGAUGGAGCAGAGGAUUGUAUUGUGGUUGGAACUGGCAAGCUACUGGCAGCUGUUGAUCCUAUACCAGGCAAUAUAGUAUGGUACCUCCAUAAUCAUCAGAACAGUAACAGAAGUGCAGUUGAUUUGGAAUUUCCCAUUGUCCUACCUGACCUGGAUGGAGAUGGUGUGAGAGAACUGGUCACAGCAUGCAGUUUCAAUGACACUUCUGAGAGGCCUGCCACUUUAUCUGAUCGUAACAACUUUAUUAUCAUUUCUGGCAAGAUGGGUAGGAUUAUAGGAGAAGCUGUUAAUUUGUCCUCAUGUGCCCAUAUCCAAGAUUUCUCUGUGGAUGAGAAGUGGAACAUCGUAUACACAUGCCAGGAGGCAAAUAAAGAAGCAUCCACUGGAAUAAUAUCAGUGCAAGAGCUAUAUGCAAAUGCCACACACAAGCAGCUGAAUGUGUCUACCUACCUGCAGAGUCCUCCACUUAGACAAUAUCAAGUCAUGGGUGUAUCAUCGACUGUCAAGAAAGUAAAUGGCCGUUGGCUGACUCUUAUGAAUGAAGGGCACUGUCCAAACCACUGUAAUGUUACAGUUAAAGUAACUGAUGAACGACGUGACAAUGAGACUGUAUGGAAUUUCCAGCAUGACAACACUUAUGGUAUGGUACCUGCUGUACUUGUCUUUAAUAACCACUCUGGAACUUCAACUUCUGGAGCUCUAGUUGAGCCAGUCAGUGGGUUUGUGUUGAAAUUUUGGACAUGGACCUCUACUAACAGUCAUAUGCCUUCAUCCAUGCUGAAACAAAGUGAUACCAUGAGCACAAUGUCCAGCAAUCCUCUGUUCCGAUAUCGUUUGAAGAGAUCAGUGAGAUACAGGCAUCUUGGGGGAGAGAGAUUCAUCCGUAGUGUCAUCACACCUCUGAAGCAGAGUGUCAGGAAUGGGAGUGACAUCCAAGUGGAUUUUCAUCAACUGAAGGAACGCGUGGUACUGUAUACAUUCAAUGCUACUGAUAACCACAUUGUGAAUGCUAGUCUGAAUGAUGUCACACAACUCUGCUUUCGUCAUGGUCCAUCAGAAGAGGAUCAGUUUUGCCAGCCAGACCUAAGCUUCCAAGAGCAGUCAUUGUUAAUUGCAGAUCUGGACCAAGAUGGUUCACAAGAGCUUAUUUCAUACCUAACCACCUACACAACUAAUAAUCCGGAGGGUUCAUCAGUAGCAUUAGAUGCUUCAAAAUGGCACCUUCAGUCCAGAGUACGAGUUGUCCGACUGGAAGCAGAACUGCCCAAGUUAUAUGAGGCUGUAGCGCGACAAGUGAUGUGUGAUGUCAAAGUCAUGGUGCUAUGUGUCACAAUUAUUAUGAUAUUAGUGUAUGCAUGUCUGACACAACAUGCUGCUUCUUUUAUAUUGUAUGCUACCAGUAUGUGUCUUGGGGCUGGCCAAAUCAAAGGGUUAAGAGUUUUAAACAAAAUUUUAUACUUCUAGUAAACUGUGAUGUUUCAGUCGGUAAAGUGAGUGGCUAGAAGCUGGACAGUUAAAGUUUGAUCCUAGCAGUCACACAAAUACUUUCUAUUUGCAUCCAUUUUGUCCAAACUGACCUUGAAGUCCAACCUUCCUCCUAUCCAACAGGUACAAUGGGCGCUUUUCCCAGGGGUAAAGCCUCCCAUUAAUGUUUAUGCUAAAAGCUGUGGAGUUUUAUCUCCAUGCCCCCUUUUUUGUUCUUCAUGUAGUACUUGGGUAUGAGCUGGGUAGCUCAGUAUAGUGAUUGACUAUGAAC